AUGGGAGGCGGCAGCAUGGGGAUCCGCGCGGCCGCCAGGGCCGCCUUCAUCGGCGGCUACCGCUCCGCCUCAAACGCCCGCCGCUCCGCCCUGCCCUCCUCCUCCUCCGUCGCCGCGGCCGACACCCGCCCCGCCUCCACGGCCACCACCUUCGACGACUGGUACAUCCCCGACCGCGAGGUGUUCGGCCCCGUGCCCUCCCACGAGGAGGCCAUGGCCGCCACCCUCGACCUCAGGGACGCCUUCGAGAUUGCCAAGAUUGAAUCCCAUGGUGGCCGCCUGGAUAUCUCCAAGACACAUGUCUCCCAUGAUGGCCUUGAUGAUCCCACAAAGGUUGCUCAGGAAACAUUUCAGGAUCAUCUCCAUUCAGAAGCAUCUAAGCAUGAAGAGAAGCAUGACAGUUUAUCCGUUGCCUCUGGAUCCUCUGCACGUGUUAUUGAAGCCUUCACCAUGCUACAUGAGAGUCCUGAAGCUCAGGAUGUUGUUGCUUCGCUUGCUUCUGAUAAGAAUGUCUGGGAAGCUGUGAUGAAGAAUAAGAAACUUGUGGAGUUUUACAAGACAAACCUCAGCGAGUCGUCCAGUGUAACUGACGAAGCUGAGCAGAGCGACGCCGAGAGCUCGCAGAGCAGCAAUGGUGUCGUCUCGCCAGGAGACGCAUUCAGUGAUUACAUUCAGAAGAUGAAGGCGUUCGUGUCGGAGAUGGUGACGAAUCUUUCGAGCAUAAUGCAGGACCUGGUGGCCACGUCGGAUGAGGGCCAGAGCAAGGGGAGGUUGAAGACCCUGAUCAUCAACACCAAGAAGGAUUUCACAAGUGGCCCGUCUAACUUCGUGCUCCUAGCCAUCGCGUCUAUUCUGGUCGUUUUGCUCAAGCGUGCGUAG